AUGGAGUCUCUUCUCCAGCAGUCUCGGGCGAUGUGUCCGUUCCUCAAGCGCACCUCUCCCACCGCUCUGCGUACUCUUGCCACGGCUACCCGUCCCAGCAUCAGUCCCGGCGGAGGUACCAUGUCGAACCUUCAGGUCAUCGCUCGUCGUUGCCCUGUGAUGAGCAAGGCCCUGGCUGUCCAGAGCGCCCGCAUGGCCGGCACCAAGAGGUUCACCUCCUCUGCCGCUGGUGUGCCGGGUAUGAGCAGCAAGCAUUCCCGUCCCACUCAGACCAGAAGGGCGCUGCACGGUACUGGAGGCAAUGGCGCCAACCUGAGCCCUGAUCUUUACAAGAACACCGACAGACUUCAACCCACCUUUGGCAACGGCAAAGGCAAGACCCCACUCACCACUUCUCCCGCGGCGGUUUCCGGUCCCCGUCCUGAGGCUCCCGUUUCCGCUCCAUUCAACUACAAUGCUUUCUACCAGGGUGAACUGGAGAAGAAACACAAGGACAAGUCCUACCGCUACUUCAACAACAUCAAUCGACUCGCCAAGGAAUUCCCCCGUGCUCACACCGCCUCGGUGGAAGAGCGGGUGACCGUGUGGUGCUCGAAUGACUAUCUCGGAAUGGGUCGCAACCCGGAAGUGCUGGCCACCAUGCACGAGACUCUGGAUACCUACGGAGCCGGCGCCGGUGGUACUCGCAAUAUCUCGGGACACAACAAGCAUGCCGUGGCUCUGGAGAACACGCUCGCCACACUGCACGGCAAGGAAGCGGCGCUGGUGUUCAGCUCGUGCUUUGUUGCCAACGAUGCCACGCUCGCGACCCUAGGAAGCAAGAUGCCCGACUGUGUCAUCCUGUCCGACAGCCUGAACCAUGCAUCGAUGAUUCAGGGUAUCCGUCACUCUGGCGCCAAGAAGAUGGUCUUCAAGCACAACGACCUGGUCGACCUUGAGAAUAAGCUAGCGUCUCUGCCAUUGCAUGUUCCCAAGCUCAUCGCGUUCGAAUCCGUUUACAGUAUGUGCGGGUCCAUCGCCCCAAUCGAGGCUAUCUGUGACCUCGCCGACAAGUACGGCGCCAUUACCUUUCUGGACGAGGUCCAUGCUGUGGGUAUGUACGGUCCCCACGGGGCUGGUGUUGCAGAACAUCUGGACUACGAGAUCUAUGCCUCUCAGGACACCCCCAACCCUCGCUCCACCAAGGGAACGGUGAUGGACCGCGUGGACAUCAUCACCGGUACUCUGGGCAAGGCGUAUGGGUGUGUCGGAGGCUACAUUGCCGGCUCUGCGGCUAUGGUGGAUACCAUCCGCUCCCUCGCUCCCGGUUUUAUCUUCACGACCUCGCUGCCUCCCGCGACGAUGGCCGGAGCCAACACGGCCAUCCAGUACCAGGCACGUCACAAGGGCGACCGUGUGCUGCAGCAGUUGCACACUCGGGCCGUGAAGAAGGCACUGAAGGAACUAGAUAUCCCCGUGAUUCCGAACCCCUCUCACAUCGUACCUCUUCUGGUUGGCGAUGCCGAGCUUGCCAAGAAGGCCUCGGACAAGCUGCUGGAGGAGCACGGAAUCUACGUCCAGGCGAUCAACUACCCGACCGUGCCUCGCGGUGAGGAGCGCCUGCGUAUCACUCCCACUCCGGGACACGUCAAGGAGCACCGCGACCACCUGGUGCAGGCCGUCCAGGCGGUCUGGAACGAUCUGGGCAUCAAGCGCACUAGUGAUUGGGCAGCCCAGGGUGGGUUUGUCGGUGUCGGCGUGGAAGGCGCCGAGGAACAGAACGAGCCCAUCUGGAAGGACGCACAGCUCGGCCUGUUCGAGUACGAGAGUCUGGAGCAGGCGGUCGAGCGUGAGUUCCAGCAGGCGCCUCGCAUGCAAACCGCCACUCCCAUCCAGCCUGCUGCGGCUCCCGCUGCCUCCAUCCCCGUUGGCGUGACCGCAUAG